GGCGCUGCGGGACGCGGCCGCUCUCGGCGCUGCUGCCGGUCCCGGGGUCGCCGCGGCCGCCGCUGCCCGGCAGCGGAGCAGCGCGGCGGGAUGGCGGCGGGCGGGUACGGGCGGUACCGCGCCGUGAUCUUCGCGGCCAUGUUCGCCGGGUACACGCUCUAUUACUUCAACCGCAAAACCUUCUCGUUCGUCAUGCCCGCCGUCAUGGCCGAGGUGCCGCUGGGGAAGGACGAGCUGGGUCUCAUCACCAGCAGCCAGUCCGCGGCGUACGCCAUCAGCAAAUUCGUGAGCGGCGUCCUCUCGGACCGGGCGAGCGCCCGCUGGCUCUUCUGCUCCGGGCUCCUCAUGGUGGGCUUGGUCAACGUGGCCUUCUCCUGGAGCUCCACCGUCGCGGCCUUCGCGGGGCUCUGGUUCCUCAACGGCCUGGCCCAGGGGCUGGGCUGGCCGCCCUGCGGGAAGAUCCUGCGGAAGUGGUUUGAGCCGUCGCAGUUCGGGACGUGGUGGUCAAUCCUGUCUACAAGCAUGAACUUGGCUGGAGGCUUAGGCCCCAUUGUCGCUGCUCUCGCGUCCCAGAACUACGACUGGCGUGUGACCCUGUCCUGCUCCGGCUUCAUCUGCGUGGUUGUCUCUUUUGUUUGCCUUGUCCUCAUUAAGAACGAGCCAUCGGAUGUGGGGCUGCCCAACAUUGACCAAGGAGCCAAGAAAGGGAAGAAAGGUUCCUCCAGUGACAACAGCACUUUGACAGAGCUGCUGCUCUCGCCAUACCUCUGGGUGCUCUCAACAGGCUACCUGGUCGUUUUUGGAGUGAAAACGUGCUGUACCGACUGGGGCCAGCUCUUCCUGAUCCAGGAGAGGGGACAGUCCAUGCUUGUGGGUAGUUCCUACAUGAGUGCCUUGGAGAUCGGGGGUCUGGUGGGAAGCAUUGCUGCUGGAUAUCUUUCUGACAGAGCAGUAGCAAGAGUGGGUCUGUCGAGCUACGGGAACCCCCGGCACGCGCUGCUGCUUUCCAUGAUGGCCGGGAUGUGCGUGUCCAUGUUCCUCUUCCGAGUCACGGUCACCAGCGAGUCUCCCAAGGAAAAUCACUUCUGGACUGUAGCCUUGCAACCUCUAGCUGACCUUACAGGCCUCAAGGAGCAUGAGCUGUGGAUCCUGACCCUGGGAGCUGUGUUCGGGUUCUCCUCGUACGGGCCCAUCGCCCUGUUCGGGGUUAUCGCCAACGAAAGCGCCCCUGCCAACCUGUGCGGCACCUCCCACGCCAUAGUGGCCCUCAUGGCCAAUGUUGGGGGGUUUCUGGCUGGACUACCCUUCAGUACCAUUGCCAAGCACUACAGCUGGGCCACAGCCUUCUGGGUAGCCGAAAUCACCUGCACUGGCAGCACAGUGGCUUUCUUCUUACUGCGCAACAUCCGCACCAAGAUGGGCCGGAUUCCCAGGAAGGCUGACUGAGGAGAAGCUGCUCGGUGAAAAGGAGCCUCUCUCACCGACGGGAAUGAUGCUUGGAUUUUUGUUUAACUGGAGUGAGUUUACCUAUUGCUGCAACCUACAUAAAAGUAUCUCAAUUUCUCAUUCACUGUCAGGUGCCAGAGGGCACAAGGUUCUUGCUGCUGAUCACUUUUUCCCUCAAGAUGUGAUAAUUCAGGUAGUUUACACGGGCAAUGAUUUUGCUGCACCUCCUCACAGCACUGCUGGGGAAGCACCCAGGCUUUGCAGCCUGAGCUCCUCUGCUAAAGGGACUCUGAAAUGGCUGGCUUCAGGUGCUGUCACGUUGAGUUUUGUCCCUGCUGUUUUUCUCGGCCAUUAACUUUUUGAUUCUGCUUCGCUCUCAGCCCUGGAGCAGCGACAGCAGUGAAUGAUGAUGAUUAGAGCUGGGCCUCAUGGCUCUUUUGAGAGCAGCGUGGCUUUAGCUUGACCCAGGAUUAGUUGUUAGGAGAGAUGGAGGUGUUUUGCUCUGGAGAAGUGGAACGCUGGUGUGGUGCUGCGGCGGGGCUCUUGCAGCACCGGGAAACAGGCACGUUUCCAGGAAACCCUCGGCACUUUACGGGAGAGCAUUCAGAGAAGCUCCUUCUAUUGAAGUGAUCCUGCCUGGUGCAGUUUCUGUGUAAUGAUUUGCAAGGGAGGCAGCUGCUGCCAUGGCAAUGUGCAGCCAGCGCUCUGCCCGUCAGCCUGGAAAACCCACGCAGCAGCAGGUAUUGUGACAGCAGCUGCAGGGUUUUUCCAGGUCUCUGGAAAAACACCUAUUUUUAGUGUUGGCUUGUGUUUUGUUAGUACACAGAGUGUAGUCUAGGGUGGUUUUGGUCAAGAGCUGCAUCUCUUAUGGCUGUGGGCAUGGCCUUGGGCUACUUCCGAGUCAGCCUUAGCAGAGCCACCACUGGCAGCCUGCAGCACUUGGGGCCCAGCACUGUUUGCAAUGAAUACUCAGGUUUUCAACCAGGAUUUAGUUGAAUACUCUUGGCUUUCCCCAGAAGGAUUUACUGCUUUAGGACUCUGGAAGAGGCAGUUCUCGUGCAGAACGUGCACGCAGGUACUGUGCUGUACAGCAUGGUUGCAAGAGUAGGUAGCCAGCCUUAAUUAAAACGGUGGAAGUGAAUUACAUUUUGUACUUAAUUCCCUGAUCUUCUAUGUGAAAUAAAAAUGGAGCAGUGUCACAA